GGCUGCGAGGCGAGAUGAGCGGAUCGGCCGCAUCCUUUAAGCGUGAGGCGCUUCCAUCGAGAGGACCGUUAACUCGGGCGGCGCCGAGUUAAAAUGGUCGAUAUCCGACCCGAAAAGCAUCCCAAAACCGUUGUACACAUUACGAACAUCUUCGAAUUGCGCCAGCUGUUCACAUCCUGUCUUAGAGGUCAGUUCUGCCUGCCGUUCAGAGGUUAAGCUGAGGCCAUGGCAGUGAAGGACCGCGUGGAGUCGGCGCUCAAUGUGGGGCUGCGUGUUCCCAGCAUCAUGCUGCUGGAUGUCCUGUACCGCUGGGACGUCAGCUCCUUCUUCCAGAAGAUCCAGCGUUCCAGCCUGUCCAACAACCCCCUGUUCCAGUACAAAUACCUGGCACUGUACCUGCACUACGUAGGUUACAUCCUGAGCCUAGUACUCCUGACUCUGCCUCGUCAGCACCUGGUUAAACUCUACUUGUAUGUCCUCACGGCUCUGCUGCUGUUCGCAGGUCACCAGGUCUCGAGGGAUUAUGUCCGCAGUGAACUAGAGUCUGGCUUUGAAGGACCCGUCUACCUGGAACCUCUCUCCAUUAAUCGAUUCACCACUGCACUCAUUGGUCAGCUUGUGGUGUGUACGCUGUGUUCCGGCGUGAUGCAGACCAAGAGGAUCUGGCUUUUUUCUGCUCACCUCCUCCCUCUGGUGGCCCGACUGUGUCUGGUCCCACUGGAGACCAUCGUUUUCAUCAAUAAGUUCUCCAUGAUCUUCACUGGCCUGGAAGUCAUCUACUUCCUGGCAUCUAACUUGUUGGUACCGUACAACUUGGCCAAGACGGCCUACAGGGAGCUGGCCCAGGUGGUGGAAGUGUAUGGGCUGCUUGCUCUGGGUAUUUCUCUCUGGAACCAGCUAGUCCUUCCAGUACUCUUCAUGUGUUUCUGGCUCCUGCUGUUCGCGUUGCAGAUCUACUCUUACUUCAGCACCAGAGACCAGCCUACCUCGAGAGAGCGGCUCCUUUUCCUCUUCCUCACUAGUAUUGCAGAAUGUUGUAGUACGCCAUACUCCCUUUUGGGUCUGGUUUUCACGGUCUCUUUCAUUGCUCUGGGAGUUCUCACACUCUGCAAGUUCUACCUGCAAGGUUACAGAGCUUUCAUGAACGACAACACCAUGCACAGGGGGAUGACAGAAGGCAUCACGCUGCUGAUCCUCGCUGUCCAGACUGGCCUAAUUGAGCUCCAGGUCAUCCACCGAGCCUUCCUCCUCUCCAUCAUCCUCUUCAUUGUCGUCGCUUCUAUCCUGCAGUCCAUGCUGGAGAUAGCCGACCCCAUAGUCCUGGCCCUCGGAGCGUCAAGAGACAAGAGUUUGUGGAAGCACUUUAGAGCGGUGUCUCUGUGUCUGUUCCUGCUGAUCUUUCCGGCCUACAUGGCCUAUAUGAUCUGUCAGUUCUUCCACAUGGACUUCUGGCUACUCAUCAUCAUCUCCUCCUCCAUCCUCACAUCGCUGCAGGUUCUCGGCACUCUGCUCAUCUACAUUCUCUUCAUGGUUGAAGAGUUUCGUAAGGCUCCGGUGGAGAACAUGGAUGAAGUCAUCUACUGUGUCAAUGGGACGUACAGAUUCCUGGAGUUCCUGGUGGCGGUGUGUGUCGUCUGCUAUGGUGUGUCGGAGACGGUUUUUGGGGAGUGGAGUGUGAUGGGCAGCACCAUCAUCCUGGUCCACUCGUAUUACAACGUCUGGCUCAGAGCCCAGCUGGGCUGGCAGAGCUUCCUUCUCAGGAGAGAUGCUGUGAACAAGAUCAAAAGCCUCCCCACGGCCAGCAACACUCAGCUGGAGCAGUACAACGACAUCUGUGCUAUCUGUUACCAGGACAUGAACAGUGCAGUGAUCACCCCGUGCAGUCACUUCUUCCACGCUGGCUGUCUGAAGAAAUGGCUGUAUGUCCAGGAGACGUGCCCCCUCUGUCACUCGCAACUGAAGAGCCUUUCGCCCACCACCAACCAAGACGCCCCUGCAGCCAAUCAGACACCCGCGGGCCCGGAGGAGGCCCCAGCCGGCAAGAAGCCCGAUGAUGCGAAUGAGGAAGGAACAGCCGAGCAGGGGGUGGUUGGAGGAACCGCCUCAUCGUCCGGUGUGCAGUCCACCCCCCAGAAGCUGGCCAAGACUCCAUCUUCCUCUUCAAAUGGGGAGCUAGUGAAUGAAACUCUGAAGCAGUCACUCACAGAGGGCGCUGUUUUGUCUUCCACCUCCUCCUCGGCCAAUGAACCUGACUCCGCCCCUCAAUUAAACCGAGGCUUCUUACUGGACAGAAAGGAGUCGCCUCCUGGUUCAUCAUCACAGCUUGACCAUCCCACCUCCCCUCCCACUGAGGAACAGUCUCCUCCUCCUCCAUGCAGCCUCUGAGCCUCAUUGCAAACACACAUAACAUAACAUACGUGCAUGGACAUGUAAACGCACAAUCUAAAGUCUCCACAUGAUAAUAGGGUUACAAAAUUCCGGGAACAUUCAAAGGUGGAAACUCUCCAUGGGAAUUAACACGUUACAAAAUAAUUAACUUAUUACAGCAGUGAGAGGAGGAUUGUUUCCUUUAGGUUUACAACUCGAGGUUGCGGGUGGAAGGACGGCGUGGGGGCAGUUGUUCUCUGGCGCAUAGUAAAGCCUUGAGGAAGCAACUCAACGUGUUUGAAUACUUUAAAUUGAAAGCAUUCCUCCCUCACAUGCACACUUCAGCCGGGCUCUUAAGGCCACUCUACUCACAAGGUAAACAAAUUUGGUAUUAAGCUUCAGUCUACCAAGUACUCCGUAUGCUGGGUAACGACAAAGCCGUUCCCAGCGAGCUGCAUUCGGGGUUCAUUCAGCUGAGCUCAGCUUGCUUAGUAUUGUUCUCAACUAAAUUUCAGAAAUUCCCGAGCUUAACUUCCCAUGGAAAGUUUCCGGAAAUUCCAACCCUAUCUGCUAAUAUUUAUCCUAUAUUCUACUUCCAGCGGUUGGCUGUCCCAUGUCAGAAAUUCAACUCUUAAACACCUCUAUAUCCACAAGGAAUCUCACCAGAUAUCCAUCAGCCCACAUACAGAAAUACAGAUGAUUGUCUCCUUUGGACUAGUUCACCUAAAUAUGUUUUGACUUUCAUGCCAGCAAUGAUUUCAUUUUCCAUUCAACACAAAAAGAGGGUAACAGCGAAUUUAUUUGAAAGGUCCACAAAAUGUUGAAUCCUGGAAGAAACCGAAGUACAAAGUCCCAGUUAGCUUGGACAUUGACAUGAGACCAACGGUGACAUCUCUCAGAUCCUGCUUGGGCUCCUUUCAUGGGACGGCUGCUCCCAUCGCGCCUUGUUUGGGCAGCGUCACUUAGUAGUAUUUGCAUUUCGACUGUAGUCCUGUAUGUGCCAACAUCUAAUGAGGAAUGGGUUCAGCGGUUUAGAGAGCCUUCGCGGGCUACACAUGACAGAGUCUGCAGAGUUCUUAUAGCUUUUGAUAAAGAUGGCGGUAGUUCUGUGCGGUAUUAGUGAAUACACACAGAGCAUUAGCAGGGUGUGGUUUCUUCAGGCCGUCGCGUGACCUGAAGCCCGGCGCUAAGCAGAGGGCAUGCGGCGAGGUCUGUUUAAGUGUUGCAGUGUGAACAAAUCAAAGGGUUCACAUGGGAGAACUAAUUCCUUUCAUUUGUCAGGCUUUCUCUGUUAUACUUCGAGAUUUCAUUCAAACUUGUUAGGCUGGUCCCAGCAAAAGAAAAAGAAAAAAACAUCAUCGCCAAACUUUUGUAUUACUGUUCAAGAGAUGCUAUUUUUAAGAUCAUUUUUACAUCAUGCUUUAUCGGGCAGCCCGCGCCCCACAGACGGACUGCAAACAAGGGAGCGUUGAGACAGGAGAGGGCGCAACGUUCAGCGCGGGGAGAGUCUCCCACCGAGCCGCGCGUUGUGGACGCUGGAGGCAGGAGCCGAUCAUCCGUCGCUCCGUUUAUAAACCAAUCCCAUCAGAGCAGCCCAUCGCCCUCCUGCUGUCACUUCACUCUGUUACUACCAGCAAAUUGAGUCACUUGAUGGCAGAGCUUUUUGUCUUUUUUUCACACGUACUAGCGCACUAUUUCUGUCAAACCCUUUUGUAGCCAGACCUGUGCGUGCGUGCGUGCGUGUGUGUGUGUGUGUGUGUGCGCGCGUGUUUGUGGGAGUUGGUUGACUUCAAACUCGAGUGCCGAAUCCAGAUGCAUGCUCAUAUGUCGAGCUUGCACGCUGCCACUAUUAACAGUACAGUCAUUUUGUUUAAGUUUUUGUCCCAACGUGCACUAUCCUUGCACCUACAUUUUGUUGUUGGGUGGGUGGGGCUUCAUUUGCACCACAGUGUCAGUUUAUACUAGCGACACUCCAAAGCUGCUCUCUGGCUGUGAGCAACCAAAUAUCCACUGAUGUGUUUGUGUACGAGGAAACGGCCCAACCUGUCUGUGUGUAGUGUACUUAAACGCCACUCCGUAUUAAUCAACCCGGGGAAGUGUCGCUAUAUGAAUAAGAUCAGGGAGCGUGACUUCUCCAAAGCUUCCGUGCACUUCGAUGUCCUGGUUUGUUACCUGUGCACAUUUGCUUUGGUGGAGGAAGCUUUGGGAGAAGCAGAGCCUUUCUGGUCCCUUUUUGACCCAGUGUUACCGCUUGUCCAGUCUGCAUGACGCGUCCUCCAGCUGGUGUGAUCACUCCUCUGUUGGGAGUGGGAUCAGCGCGGCGCCGACCGACCGGAGACGCACCAGUUAGCCUGCAAAAGUAUUACUUAGAACCGCUAUUACUAAAGGUCUUAUUACUAUGAAUGACUUUGCUGUUGCCGUGUGCAAAGCGUUGGCCAAAGGGCAGAGAAUGAAUACAUAAUCCAUGUAGGAUCCAACCUGGCCAACGCUGCUCAACUGAGUUUCAUUUCUUUUUUCUUUUUUUUUUUCGAAGUAUGAAAUGUAGAGUAUGAUGUAUUUUGCACAUGUUCCUCUGAAGGGAGAACAUAAGGAUUUUCUGUAUUCUUUUUGGUUCUUCUUGUCAUUUUCUUCUCAUCGCGGUUCAUUCCAGCGGUUGCCGUCUCUCCUGGCUACGACCUGUGACGCAUCUCUCAUUUAAAACACACCGUGCAUAUUUUCAAACAAGGAAUUUCCAUCUUGGACCCCCUGCAUUUCUAAGAUUUCAGAUGUGAAACUGGCUUCAUGUUUGUUUUGCCAAUUUGUUCAUUGUGCCGAACAAACGCAUUGACGCCGAGCAAACAUUGUGUUUCUCCAGCAGCUCCGUUGUGAGCGUACCAAAGCGGUACAUUUGCCAUCCGUCUACACUCGUGAUGCGUUACAUUUGCAUUUGAUUGACUUACUUGUAUAGUUAUAGAGUCGAUAUAAACUAAAUGUCCCAAUGUUUGAAAACCAGGAGGAACACCUAAAGCAAACAUGAAGUUAAUCUCUCAUCUGAAAUCCAGAUGUUUCAUGAACUCAUUUCAUCAAGAUACUUUGCUAAAUUUACCACAUAACACAAACUGUAAGAAAAUGUUGACAAAGAAUCUAUAGCUGCCAAAGAGCUAUCCGACUGCAGAUUUCUUUUUGAAAUGCACGGGUUGUGCAUCAUGUUGUCAUGUUGCCUCUGCGUCGUGUUGCCUCUGACUAACUAAUGACAGUUGGUCGUGUUUAGGGCUCCGCUGACUGAGAUGCCCGCCAGACAUUCACAUGAAGGACCUGCUCAGUGAAACUCUGGAUGCCAGUCGUAUUCUGUUCAAACUCCACGGAGGGUUUCUAUGCUUGGCAUUGCCUUGGUUAUUUUACAAAAAUCGAAUGUCAGAAAUAAAAAUGAACCAUCCACUCUGGA